AUGCCCAGCAGCCUCAGUCUGCCCUUCAGCCUCGUCUCCCGUCGCAAGUCGUCUGAGAACACCUCCACAGCAACCCUCACCACCGCCGCAAUGGCCGACCGCUCUCACCCCCAGCAGAGCUUUCUCUACCUCAUAUCGCAAAACGACGAAGUCUACGAAAACGAUAUCUUGCGAAAUCCAGGCAACAUCAAGGCGUGGUUGGAUUACGCGCAUUACAAGAGGCAGUAUGGCACAUUACUCGAGCAGAGCUUCGUGCUGGAGAGAGCAUGCAUCGCCCUGCCGAGAUCGUACAAGCUGUGGAAAAUGUACCUGGAGACGAGGGUGCGGCAUCUGAAGGGCAGGAGUCCUGCAAAGUGGAAGCCCGAGUUCCAGAAAGUCAAUGCGCUGUUCGAGCGGGCGCUGGUGCUGCUCAAUAAGAUGCCGAAGAUCUGGGAAAUGUACUUGGAGUUCCUCUGUCAGCAGCCGCUGCUCACUUUCACGCGACGCACAUUCGAUCGCGCCCUUCGUGCACUGCCGAUCACGCAGCAUAAUCGGGUGUGGGCGUUGUACAGACCUUUCGCGAACUCGGCUGGUGGAGACACGGCGGUGAAGGUGUGGAGGAGGUACAUACAGCUCCACCCGGAUAAUGUGGAAGAGUUUAUUGAGCUGCUGGUGAACGAGGGCAAGUACACGGAGGCGAUCCAGCGGUACAUUGAGAUCUUGAACAACCCACGGUUCAAGAGUAAGGAAGCCAAGGGACCCUUUCAGCAUUGGACAGAGAUGCUGGAGAUCUUGAUCGAUCACGCCCGUCUUGUGCCGAACCCGAUACCAUUGGCAAAUGGCUCAACGUUGAGUGUGGAGACCAUUAUCAGGAGUGGCUUGGAACGAUUCGCCGAUCAACGAGGCAUCUUAUGGGUGGGAUUGGCGAGAUACUACAUCAACCUUGGCACUUACGAACGAGCGAGAGACAUCUUCGAAGAAGGUAUCACGACUGUCAUGACAGUACGCGACUUCAGUGUGGUGUUCGACACGUACGCUGAAGCGGAGGAAGCACUCAUAUCGAUCAAGCUCGAAGAUUCAGCAGCGCGGCAACAAAAGGGCAGGGUAGAUGAAGAUGCCGACUUGGAUCUGGACAUCCGAAUGCUCCGCUUCGAACAGCUCAUGGAUCGGAGACCGUUCCUCGUAAAUGAUGUCUUACUUCGCCAGAACCCACACAACGUCAAUGAAUGGCAGAAGCGCGUGGCACUAUGGAGCGAGAACAAGCAGAUGGUCGUGCAAACAUAUGCGGACGCGAUUGCUGCCAUCAGUCCAAAGAAAGCAGUCGGCCGCUUCCACGAGCUCUGGACCAACUACGCCAAAUUCUACGAAGAAGGCGGUGACUUGCAAAACGCUCGCAUCAUCAUGGAGAAGGCAGUCAAAGUGCCAUACAAGUCUGUGUCUGAGCUGGCGGAGAUGUGGACAGAAUGGGCAGAGAUGGAGCUUCGGAAUGAGAACUUCGACCAGGCUGUCAACAUCAUGGCCACGGCAACCAAGGCACCCAAACGAAGUGCUGUCGACUACUUCGACGAAACUCUGUUACCUCAACAGAGAGUGCACAAGUCGUGGAAGCUGUGGUCUUUCUACGUCGAUCUUGUUGAGUCAGUGUCAUCACUGGAUGAGACGAAGAAAGUGUACGAGCGCAUCUUCGAGCUUCGCAUCGCCACGCCACAGACUGUCGUCAACUACGCCAAUCUACUCGAAGAGAAUGGCUACCACGAAGAGUCCUUCAAGGUCUACGAACGUGGUCUGGACCUCUUCUCCUACCCUGUCGCAUUCGAGCUCUGGAACUUAUACCUCACGAAAGCAGUCGAUCGCCGCAUCUCCAUCGAACGAUUACGAGACCUCUUCGAGCAGGCUGUGGAAGGUUGCCCACCACGAUUUGCAAAGACGCUAUACCUCAUGUAUGGUGCUCUCGAGGAAGAAAGAGGACUGGCCCGCCAUGCAAUGCGCAUCUACGAACGCGCUACGAGAGCGGUCGCAGAUGAGGAUCGCACGGAGAUGUUUGAGUUCUACAUCACAAAGUCAGCGUCGAACUUUGGCCUCACUUCCACACGGCCAAUCUACGAGCGUGCGAUCGCUGCGCUACCAGACAAGGAAGCCGCGAGCAUGUGCAUAAAGUUCGCCGAAAUGGAACGACGCCUCGGCGAAAUCGAUCGUGCUCGUGCAAUAUACGGCCACGCCUCCCAAUUCUGCGAUCCUCGCGUCAACGCCGAAUUCUGGCGAAAGUGGGAGAGCUUCGAAGUACAGCACGGAAACGAAGAUACAUUCAAGGAAAUGCUGCGAAUCAAGCGUUCAGUACAAGCACAGUUCAACACGGACGUCAACUUCAUUGCCAGCCAGGCGGUGGCAAGGCAGCAAGCUGCUGAGGCUGGCGCAGAUGAGGAUGGUAUGGAUGCGGAGGGUAUGGGCCAGGAGAAGGCUGAUGCUAUGAGGAAUCUGGAAAGGCAGGCGAGAGCGCCGAUGGGAUUUGUGGCGGCGUCGAGUGGGCCGGAGGGUGGGAAUCGGCCGAAGCCGCAGGUUAAUGGUGAUGCGGCGCAGGCGAAGUUGGCGAAUGAGGAUGAGAUUGAUUUGGAUGAGGAUUUAUGA